AUGACGACGCCUUCGAUAUUCAAGUGCCUCCUUGCGCACCUGUGGAUCACGCCCACGUUCCUUGCGUUGGCAUUCGAUCCACUGGGCAUUGUGUAUGAUGUCGCAAAGUCAAGCCCACAUCUGGUCCGGCGCGCGGGAACGUUGGGUAUUUCUAUACCGGCGAUCACCAAAAAUGGAGACUCAGAGAGGCCUUAUAGUGUAGACGGAGAUUCAUUUACGGAUUACGAAUCCGCGGCCCAGAGAAGCUGCGAUAUUCAAUUCGACGUUUGCCAGAGGGCUGCCAACACGAAUAGCUCGGUUUUGUUCUCACUUGAGGAGUGUCAGAGCCAGCAAAAUGAUUGUCGAGCUGACCCACCAGCUGCAGAGGAUGAAAACGCCUCGAUGACUGUUGCCUCAGAUGAUAGUUCAGGUUCAACAGUAUCGGAUACGGCGAAUUCAGACACAGAGAGUUCAGGGCCAACGGGUUCAGGCACAACGGAGUCUCAGACAGCGGAUUCAAACACCGCAGAGUCUGUUGCAACAGGCUCUGGCACAACUGAAUCAAAUACGGCGAAGCCAAUCCCAGAGGAAUCGGAACCCGAGCCAACUCUGGUAUCACAGACUAUGCUUCCGUACGAUUCGGAGUUUGACCUUCUCUGCGAUCUUUAA